AUGGCGAAUGCUGCUUUGCAGAUGUUUCUUCCGGUGGAAAUGCAGUCUCGAACUGAGGGCUGCUUAGUCAACGAUACAAUCGCAGCAGUUUCUGCUGGCUCAAAUCAGGUUUCCGGUGCGAUGGAUCGGACGCGAAGUCCACUAAGGAUAUUGAUGACCGCCGAUGGUGGUCGUUCCGCAGUUGUUACCUCCUCCAACGGAACAAGCACUUUGGCUGCCGCCUUACCGCCUAAUACGCAGUUCAUCGCUGUUGCUGCGGACGGAGGUGAUAGUCGAUCGUAUGCGUCGUUGCAACCGGUGAAUCCGGUUGUUGUGGGAGAUAAUGAAGCUGCAGAGGAUGGUGUUUCUCAUCCUACGACAACGUUCGUGCAGUAUGUGGAUGGUUCCGGUGAUGGAGGGAUUUUCACAGCCACGAAUGGUCAGAUUGCAUAUCCUCUGUACACUGUCGGUGAUGGCGUGUACACCUCAACGGCAGGCGGAACGUUCCAUUCGUCAGGAAACGGAUCGUCGCCCACAGUGGCCUUUACUUCGGUUUCUGGACAGCCCCUUGCGACGUAUAUUUUUCCACAUAUUGAAUCCGCGACCGAAACGGGCUCAGGGUCAACAAAUACAGGUGGAUCUCAUCUAGUCAAUACACCGAAUGUAACCUCGGUGAUCGCUUCACCGAGGACACCGCCCAUCACAGAACCCGGCGUCACUUAUAUUAUGGCAACAAACAAUUCCAGUCAGGCCUCAGACAGCGAUGGAGGGCAAGCCGGGGUUGCCCAUGCCACGAGAGUCUCUCCACUGACAGUGAGUGAAUGCAUCAUUCCACGUGUUCAAUGGUUGAUGGAAAAUUACGAAACGGCGGAUGGCGUUAGUUUACCCCGUUCGACGUUGUAUAAGCACUACCUGCGGCAUUGUUCGGACCAUAAGAUUGAACCGGUGAAUCCCGCGAGUUUCGGAAAGUUGAUUCGUUCCGUGUUUGCGGGCUUACGGACGAGGCGAUUGGGCACAAGGGGAAACUCAAAGUAUCACUACUAUGGAAUACGUGUGAAGUCGACGUCUUUGUUGAGUGACUUUGUGGGAACGGAUGACGAUGACAUGCCAGAGGAUGAACCCGGCAGCCCGACGAGUGCCGAGUCCCGAAGCGACUACAGGAAUGUUUCGGACGAAGUUAAAGUAUUCAAGGAGGACAUCGUGGAGUCUAAUGGGGAGGUUCAACAGAAUUCGGACGCUCCGGCGAGCAAGGUGGUGAAUCUUGGUCGACAUUCCCCUGGUUUUCUAGGAGAGCCGACUAAUCCAUUUCCAUCCUUUCCUGAAAUUGAUUUCGGCGCCAUUACUUUGCCGCAAGGAAUAACCUUGGACGAUGUCGAGGUCUUUCGGUCUCUUUACGAAGAGCAUUGCGAGGGAGUUUUGAGUGCAGUGGUUCGGGGGAAUUUCAACGCCGUGGACGCGAUGUGGCGUCAAUUUUGGAAACCAUUGAGAGAUGAGGAGACCAAGGUUGGCAUCAAUGAUCCCGUGAUGGACGAAGAUUCCAGUGGAGGCGAGGCUGACGCGAAGCAAUUGACUGGUCCAAAGCUUUCCUCGUUGUGCGAGUGUCCUGCUGUCCAGGACUUCGUGCGAAAUGCGGAUUAUAUCUUUUAUCAAUAUCUGGUGAACUACUUGAUCCCGGACGUACUGCAAGCCAUUCCGAGUACUUUGACGCAGUCCAUCAGAAAUUUUGCAAAGAAUUUGGACGUUUGGCUAAGCUCUGCCAUGGAUGGAGCUCCGUCGGAAAUGAUUCGGAUCAAGUCUGCGGCAGUGAACGCUUUUGCUCAGACCCUGAGGCGCUACACCAGCCUGAAUCAUUUGGCACAAGCUGCUCGUGCAGUCUUGUACAAUACUACUCAGAUUCAGCAGAUGGUGACGGAUUUGAGUCGCGUGGAUUUUUAUCAUGUGCAAGAACAGGCGUCUUGGGUUUGCGAAUGCGAUGAAGGAAUGGUGAUGAGGCUACGGCAGGCGUUCAUGGACGCCCUGCAACAACAGAAGACGCUGGAAGAUUGGGCGGCCUGGCUUGAUAGCGUUGUAAAUCGUGCGCUGGCACGUUAUGAGCAAUCUGCGGAUUAUGCCAAUCAUGCUCGACAGUUCUUACUCAAGUGGUCGUUUUACAGCUCGAUGGUCAUUCGGGAUCUGACAUUACGAAGUGCCGCUAGCUUUGGAUCAUUUCAUUUGAUUCGACUGCUGUACGACGAGUAUAUGUACUAUUUGGUGGAGCAUAAAGUUGCGGAAGCCAAUGGAGCCACUCCGAUCGAAAUUAUGGGAAGAGUGAGUAGUUUUUUAGUUUUACAAAUUACGAGGGACAUUGCGUUUUUAGCAGAUGGACACAAGCACGCGGAAGAAAUGGAACUCGAUUCCAUUUGUACGAAGCGAAGAUGUCUGUUGGAGGAUUGCAACGGUAUGAGUGGCAUUGAAGAUACGGAUGACCCUGGACCGAAGAAACGGGUUCCAGCGCGUUCGACGGAAAUCUAAGUCAAUGGAAAACUGCGGAAAAAAAGAGGUCUGGUCAAACCCCAGUUUAGUAGGUUAAAAAAAGAAAGGACGACUAAGAACAAAGACACGAGAAGAAACAAGUAAUAAUGCUACGGGUGCCUUGCUCCCUUGGUCGCGUUUUGCGUGUGUGAAUUAUUUUCCUCGUUUCUCGAAGCAUUCCGUUGUGAAGUGAGACUCACUAACAAAAAGGAGAAAAGCUUGACGUGCACUGGAUAGACGAAACAGCACUGACUUGUGGUUUCCAUAGAUUACAUUUGACCGAGUUGGGUCGGAGUUGUACAAAUACUAGUCAAAGCUGCGAUGCUUAAGGGGCAGCCAUCUCGAGGCAUUUCGAGUGUUUUCCCUCCAAAGAAGAAAGAAAGAAAACCUAAUGCUCAAGACGCACACGAUUGUUCCGCGAAAAGAAAAGAAAAAGUAUUGAAAGCAAAAAUCGCGAAAUCUCAUCACGAACGAAUUGAUCUCGUUGUUUCCUCCCUCCGUGGAAUUUUUUUUCGUGUGUGCGUUUCGUGCCGAGUGUUUUUGUGGCGUACCCAGUGUGAAGACGAGUGUGGGAACAUCCGUUCAUUCCUUCGGCUGUUUUUUUUUGCCUGCACCCUGUUGAGAAAAAGCUUUUUUUAUGGUGUGUGUUUUUGCUUUCUGCCCUCGUUUGUGUGGUGCACGACCAGGAUAUAUUUUGUGGCGUUGGAGCUCUGUGAAUUCCUCGAGUGAUGCACUGCGGAAACUGAAAAAAAAAUUUUCGACGUGCGAAAAGAAUCCAGUUUGAAAGUUAGCGAAACGCGUGAAACCCCACAGAACAGUCAGUCCCAUUUGAAAAAACAAAAAACAGAAGAAAGAACAACUUGACUUUAUCAUCUUGCGUGAGACGAAACUGCGUUGUGUUCAGUUUUAUCCGAGUGACUUCUGCUCGGAGGAACGUGCGUUUUCGGUUCAGUAUUAAUUUUACUGAUCUUUAAUGCAUGUUUUUUUUUUCAUCAGUUCAUUCCGAUAAACCGAGAAGAAUAUUUACAUCAGAUUAUUUAUUGUGAAUGAUGAAGAGUUAACGUUUGCGAAAAGAAUUGACGCUGUUCGACUAUGUGACCAACUUCAAGUUACGCGGAGCACUGGUGUGUGAUUAAUUCGCGGCGAUCUAACUUCGAAGUGAAAUAAUUGCUUGGGUGAAAGACAAGUUCACUGAUAGUGCUCAGCUGCGAUUGGAGGUGACUAGAUCAGUCAAACACCAAAUUAGAUUUCUUGCUAAUUUAUCAAUAAUUUAAUUAUUCAUGUGAAAUGAUAGUUCUCAGCUUCGAUUCGAGGUGACAAGAUUUAAAUUAUACCUUUUUGCGAAUUUAUCAAUAACCUGUAACUCUUGGAUGAAACGCAAUUUUUCUGGACAUUCGAGAAUUUAUAUAAAUGUUUUGUUGAUCGUUUCUCUGACUAAUUUUACUGGCCUUAUUUACUCAAGUACCACGCGCCCUUGAGACUCGCACCUUGAUCUUUUGGCACAAAAUACGCCCUAGAACCCAUCCCCACGUGAAACCCGCCCCCCCCCCCCGCCCCCCA